GACAAAGACAAAGACAAAGACACAGACAACAACGGAGGAAAUUAAAACCCAAAGAAAAAAUAAAAAGUUUUGAGGAGAGAGAAAAAGAUCGAAAGAGAGAAGAGGAGAAUCGAGACAGAUUGAUGGGAUUUGUUUGCUGCUGCUGAUAAGUUUGAAUACAAAAAAUUUAAAUUAAGCCUCGUUUUAUUUUUCCAGAUUCGACAUUCGAUCUUUUUUAUUUGAUUUAUAUAAUUCUGGGUAAAAAAUUGACAUGUUGAGCUAGUGCCCAGAUUCGAUUCCGUUGAUAAUUCCGUCUUUUGCAUCAAACCCUUAUCCAAAAAUUCGAUUUUUAAUUGACCCAUUACAGGAAUUUGAUCGAAACACUUUCCUGGGUCGAUGAAUUUUUGUGGGUUUGUGUUUUUUUGGAGGGUUUGAGGUUGUAGGUUUGUUUGUGUUUUUGGGGAAAAUAAGGUUUGCUACUGAAUGGGUGAUUUUCGGGAACCAAACGGUGUCGUUUUGGAAGAAUCUCCGGUAUCAUCUUCAUCUUCUCUAUCCACUUUCAGCCCGGAAGUGUGGGCCCGGGCCGAGCAGGCGACCGAUGAAAUAAUCCGACAGGUUCAACCCACUGUUGUGUCGGAGGAGAGGAGACGAGAUGUUGUUGAUUAUGUUCAAAGGCUUUUUAAAGGCUAUCUUGGUUGUGAGAUUUUUCCUUUCGGAUCAGUACCAUUGAAGACUUAUCUUCCUGAUGGUGACAUUGAUCUUACUGCGUUUUGUGGUUUUAAUCUAGAGGAAGCGUUUGCAAAAGAUGUAUUCUCUGUCCUAGAAGCAGAAGAUCAUAACCCUGCUUCUGAAUUCGUUGUAAAGGAUGUGCAAUAUAUUCGUGCAGAGGUUAAACUUGUAAAAUGCCUGGUACAGAAUAUUGUUGUAGACAUAUCGUUUAAUCAGAUAGGAGGAUUGUGCGCGCUUUGUUUUCUUGAGGAGGUUGAUCGUUUGAUUGGCAAAGAUCACCUAUUUAAGCGCAGUAUCAUUUUAAUUAAGGCCUGGUGUUAUUAUGAGAGCCGUAUACUGGGUGCACAUCAUGGUUUAAUAUCUACAUAUGCCUUAGAGACGCUGGUUUUGUACAUUUUCCAUCUCUUCCAUUCAUCUCUGAGUGGCCCUUUGGCAGUUCUACAUAAAUUUUUGGAUUACUUCAGCAAAUUUGACUGGGAAAAUUUGUGUGUGAGCUUAAGUGGUCCAGUCCAUGUAUCAACGUUGCCGGAAAUUGUGGCCGAGAGUCCAAAAAGCAGCGGGGAUGAUUUAUUGUUGAGUGAUGAAUUUAUGAGGGAAUGUGUAAAGAAAUUCUCAGUCCCUUCCAGAGGAAACGAGACAAAUUACAGGAUAUUUAUGCAGAAGCAUCUUAAUAUAGUUGAUCCACUAAAAGAAAAUAACAAUCUCGGCCGCAGUGUCAGUAAAGGGAACUUCUUCCGCAUAAGGAGCGCUUUCUCAUACGGAGCUCGGAAACUUGGUCAGAUUUUGUUGCAGCCUGAGGAAAGCAUAGCUGAAGAAGUUCGUAAGUUUUUUACUAACACACUGGAUAGACAUGGAAAAGGACAGAGGCCUGAUGUUCAGGACCUUCUGCUAACAUCUGGGUGCAAUGGGUUUGUCCCUGAGAGGUUCAUAUCUGAAGCUGAGUCUAGUUUAGAUGAUACUUGUGUUGUUGAAGAAAUAUCUGUCGAUUUCAGUAACCAAUCCUCUGAAUAUAGUUUAGGUUCUAGGGAAACAAGACACGGUGUAGUUAGUAGCUUUAGAAAGCCUGGAGCUUAUUUGGAGGGAACUGAAAUUGAACAUCAUAGAGGUAUAGACGGAGCAGUUCCCUUUAGAACUUUACCAGAAGCUCAGUAUUCUGAAGAUGAACUUCCUGCUUCUGCAAGCCACGGUUCUGAUGAUGCUAUUCAUCAUUCCACAUACGGGAUUCAGGAUCUUAGAAUAACAGAACACAGUGAUAAACCUUCCGCAUAUUUAGAAGAGGAUAAAGAAUCUCCAUUACAGAACGUAGAUCAUGCACCUAGUCUUAUUCUUUCACAUCCCUUAGAGAAUGGAAAGAUGGAAAAUGGAGAUUUGGGUGACGAGCAACCCACAGAGUCUUCUCUUUUCACUCUCGGUAGAAAGGUUAACGGGAGACCACACACAUGUCAUGAUGGUAGAAAUUUCACAUCUGGGGAGCAGGAAAAUAGUCAUUUGUGCAAUAUUCUGGACUCCAACUCUAGUUAUUCAUCCAUGAAUGCAAAUGCAAAUGCAAAUGCAAACUGCUUCCGGAAUUCACAUUCUGUUUAUCGUAAUAGUCAUUCCUUGACAGCUGGAAAUCACGAAACAGUGAAAAUCCAUCCUGAUCUCUCGGGGGAUGUUGACAGUCAUCUUGAAAAUUUGGGAUAUGGACGAUGGUGGUACGAUCAUGGGUUGCAAAUGACAACCCCGCCAAUUCAUCUGACCCUGCCUCCCAUGUUCCAACCAAAAAAUCCAUGGGAUGCUGUACGUCAGUCGGUGCAGUUCAGGCGGGAUGUCGUCCCUCAAAUGAAUGUCUCAAGACCUCCCUUCUUUCCCAUGAAUUCUCCUGUAGUACAUGGUGCUUUUAAUGUGGAUGAGAUGACAAAAGCUCGAGGAACUGGAACUUAUUUUCCCAUCACGAAUCAUCACUCAUACAGAGAAAGGCCCUACUUAAAAGGGAAGUCUCAGGGACAAUUGAAGUCUCCUAGGACCAAUGGUCGAGGUCCAGGAUAUUUAGAUAGAAACCCACAUGUACAAUCUCCUGGUCGUCAUGGACCUCAUGGUGUUGGGAGGCCCAAGUCUUCAGAUUCAUUUGAAAUAUCACCUAGGGGAAAGGUCUACAAAGAAGUCAAUGGAUUUUCUCAUACUUCUGAGAAGGCCAUUGAUUUUGUUGCUCCCGGGAACCCUCCAUUGGAAGCCGCCUUCCAAGAGACAGAGAGUUGCGGGCCGCUCGAUUCAGUCCCCUCUCCUGGAAGCCAAAAUGGGGAGUCUGUGUUUGUUGUGAAUGAUGACAGGCUCUCUCUGCAGGCUUACCACCUUAAAGAUGACGAGGACUUCCCACCUUUGUCUAUUUGAGAGAGGCGUAGCUAAAAGCUUGAAAUCAGAUAGCAAAGGGUUUAGAGGCAGUUUUGUACAUUUUACAAAGUUGUGUUGGAUUACGUUAAGCUUUAUAGCCCACAGUUAAGGAGCUAUAUUACUCAUAGGAACCUAGUUGAUGAUACUAACGCCGUUCUUUUUUGGUAAUCCUUGUUGCAUUUGUAGAUAAAUUUUGAAAUGCAAAUCUUGUAGAUGUUUAGUGUAACUUCAUAUAUCAAAGGAGUGUAUUCUUUUUUGAAGUUGGAAUACUACUGUUUAGUGUUUACAAAUCCUUUGAGCAUUUUGUUGA